CAGCGCGUUAGAGACCUGGGCGAGGGAGCCGCGGAAAGCCAGGCGCUGCAGGAGGGGGUGGGUGCGGAGGCCGAGGCGCCACCCAGAAGCGGAGAGGCAGAAGCCGAGAACGCCCCCAAUCAGCUCAGAUAGUCCUCUCCGAGAGACCCCCGGGGAGGGACGGGCGGAGACCCCGAAAGGCAGACCCCUGCGACAAAUUUCUCCGUCCCGGACGGAGAGCGCCGCCCAGAGUGGGACGAAGACAGCGGGUCGGAGGACAACGCCCCCCGGGUGGCCUGGGAGACCCCAGGGCGACUCCGGCGGCCGCCCGGGCCGUGUUGGGCUGGGGUGACCUUCUCUUGGGGGCGAUGGGCACACGGGCCCUGAAAGGCCUCCUUCUCCUUCUCUUUCUCCCGGGACUGCCGCCGCGCGGGGCCUCGGCGGGGAGCCUGCACAGCCCAGGCCUGUCCGAGUGCUUCCAGGUGAAUGGCGCCGAUUACCGCGGCCACCAGAACCGCACCGGCCCGCGCGGGGCAGGCCGCCCGUGCCUCUACUGGGACCAGACGCAGCAGCACAGCUACAGCAGCGCCAGCGACCCCCAGGGCCGCUGGGGGCUGGGCGCGCACAACUUCUGCCGGAACCCAGAUGGUGACGUGCAGCCCUGGUGCUAUGUGGCUGAGACGGAGGAGGGCAUCUACUGGCGCUAUUGUGACAUCCCCACGUGCCACAUGCCUGGCUACCUGGGCUGCUUCGUGGACUCGGGGGCGCCCCCAGCCCUCAGCGGCCCCAGUGGCACCUCCACAAAGCUCACGGUCCAGGUGUGCCUUCGCUUCUGCCGAAUGAAGGGCUACCAGCUGGCCGGCGUGGAGGCUGGUUAUGCCUGCUUCUGCGGCUCUGAGAGCGACCUGGCCCGCGGACGACCAGCCCCCGCCACCGACUGUGACCAGAUCUGUUUCGGCCACCCCGGCCAGCUGUGCGGUGGGGAUGGGCGGCUGGGCAUCUACGAAGUGUCCGUGGGCUCCUGCCAGGGGAACUGGACCGCGCCGCAGGGCGUCAUCUACUCCCCGGACUUCCCCGACGAGUACGGGCCGGACAGGAACUGCACCUGGGCGCUGGGCCCGCCGGGCGCCGCGCUGGAGCUCACCUUCCGCCUCUUCGCGCUGGCGGACCCGCGCGACCGGCUGGGGCGGCGGGACGGCGCCGCCGGACCCCCAGGGUCCGUGCGACCCUCUGCCGGCGAGAUGGACACCUGA